CCCAAGUGUAGUUUCAUCUGAUUCGAGGAAUUAGCGGAAACAAUCUGAGACAAAACCCCAAAUGUAAUAUGUCGCCAUAUCAAAGGACUGCUAGAUUUAAUAGACUACAGAAGAUGCUGCUCCUUGUAGCAUGUAUUAUUGGCAUUGCUGUUGCUGCUGUUGAUGAUGAUAAUGAUUAUGUCGAUUCGCUAACGGUGUCUGAAGGAGGAAACCUCACCAUCUCUAUUCAUAUCAAUAAGUGGGACGAAGACCCUCAGGUUUUAGUUACGCGUCUCAAAGAAUCCUCACAGGACCUGAUAGCUCAGUUAACUUGUCAUAAUCAAGUCUGUGAAAUCGCGUGCUUGAUUUCUGGCGUCUCGCUGAUAACUGGUGAAGAGAGUGUAACACUGAUCCUGAUGAAUGUCAGCUUCAGUCAAACGGGGCUUUACAAAGUCUGCAAACUGGGCGAUACACAGCCGGAAAACAAGAUUUACAACGUGACCGUGAAUAAGCCUCCAUCCAGUACUGUCAGCCCAGACGCAACACCACCUACCAUCUACAGUACAGCAUUCACUGCAGGGAUAACCACAGCUGUACUGGGCAUCCCUAUGGUCAUCACUGCUGCCAUCAUUGCUGUUAUUUAUUGGAAAAACAGGAAGGCAAAUUUUUAACAAAGUGUCUCAAGAUGACAACACCGCAGCCAGAGAUCAGCCAAGUCAUUAUGGGAGUUAAUGGUAAAUACUCAAUGUAGAGGAAUUAUUUUUCACAGGCAACCUCAUCCAGUCCAGGAAUAAGCUGAAUGGAAAAACAGAUGGUCAUUUUUUUUCAUGGUAAAUUGGGAAGAGUCAACUAUGAGUAAAAAGUGCAACUACUGGGACAUUUGUGCGGAUCACACGUGUGGAUCAAUCUGGGAUGUGCAGAAUUUAUUGGCAUAAAAGGUGCUAAUUAAAACAAUGAAAUAUGUGUAUACCUCAGCCAGAGUCGAUUAGGAUAGGGUGUCCCUUUUGUCAUUUUUAUACAUCUUUAAGCAUUAUUAUUGUUAUUAGGUGUUCAAUCACUAAAGGUUGCUCACUAGAGGGAGCCAAAGGAUAAGAAGUCCAAUAAUGGCUGAAAUGAACUACAACUGAUUUGUAGCACCAUUGAACAUUGACAAAAUCUCCUUUGACUUUUUUUUUAAUUAGUGUGCAAAGAAAUAUGCUCUCUCAAAUUCUUAUAGACCACUAAAUGUGACUUAUGAAUACACUAGAGAUACUGAAUACACAUUUGUCAAGUUGCAAGACAUGAUUAGAUUGAUUGCAAUUGGAUUAAAAUGAAGA